AUGUCUGUGGGAUUCCUCUUCAGGUCUGUGUGUGCGGGAGCGGCCCGGGUGUCCGCAGUGCGUCCGCUGCAGUCCUUCCACACCGGAUGUCCUUUGGGCGCAGCAGAAAAAGCUCUCCUCAUGAAGCUGAGGAAAAGCACUGGAUACACGUUCACAAACUGCAAAAAGGCUCUGGAGAAGUUUGACAAUGACGUCGCACAGGCAGAGACGUGGCUCCAUGAACAGGCCAAGAGAGAGGGCUGGAGCAAAGCCCACAAACUGGAGGGACGACGAGUCAAAGAGGGGCUCAUCGGCGUGUUCGUGGGAGACAGCGACGCCGUCAUGGUCGAGGUGAACUGUGAGACGGACUUUGUGGCUCGUAACGAGGCGUUCCAGGAGCUGGUGAAGGCCGUGGCGUUCGCUACUCUGGCUCAUCACAAGAACAGGACUCAGGGCCAGAGCGGAUACGUGAAGAGUCUUCUGGGAGGAGAGGACUUGAGCAAACUCACUCUGACUGAAGGCGUCACACUGGGGGAUCACCUGGCCUUUGUUAUAGGUCGUCUGGGGGAGAACAUGUCGGUGAAGCGCGCCGUGACCCUGGGCGUCCCCGCGCACUGGCACAUCGGCUCCUACGUGCACGGCUCGGUGGCGGGGCAGACGCAGGUGACCAUGGGCCGAUACGGGGCUCUGGUGGUGCUGCAGGGGGGACCGGACGGGGAGCAGGCGGCGCUGGGACGCACCCUGGGCCAGCACGUGGUCGGGGAGGCUCCGGUGGCUCUGGGGAACAUGGAGGACCUGCCGUGCGGAGAUGCAGAGACCCGCCUCCUGCCUCAGACGCUGCUGUCCGACCCGAGCCGCACCGUGGCCCAGUUCCUCCGCGGGAAACAGGCGCGCGUCCUGGACUUUGUGAGGUUUCAGUGCGGAGAGAAAGCCGAGCUGCAGGAGUAA